GUUAGUUCAUUGGGCGUUUGGGUAGGUGCGAUGCCUAAUAAAGUACCCACCCAUUGUUAGGUAGCGGCCUCAUCAAGAGUGCUCUUGCUCGUCAAGAAAGCUCAAUGCAGGCUUCAAGCAAGAUGCCCUUUCCUUCUUGCGACACCCGCGAGCUAGACCCCGAAAUCUCGGUCGCAUUGCGCCCGAGUUGUGUCGCGCGCUUGGUCCGUGCCUCAGGAAGCGCCGCCAUCUGUCAGUCCCAGCCGGACCGCGCAACCCGACAGGACCAGCACGCCAUGCGCCAGGCCACGAUAGUCUGAUGAAGCCGGUUUGCCGGGAAGCCAGCGGCCACCACCACCAUCUCUUCCCGCGCUCCAACAAGUCCAAAAAUAAAGAGUCGCUGUCGCCAGCCACACCGUCGCCCAAGGAUGCACAGGAAUGAUGAUCACUUCGGAGCUCCUGAGCCGCAUCGAUGUUGAUGUGCCCCUGGAUUUUCACUACACACUUUGACGUCUUGUUGCAUCAUUGACGGACCAUAACCUCCUUAGUCGCUGCACAUCGCGGUAGUGAAUCGGUGCAAAUCGAGAUCUUGGGCGCAUCAAGUCCUGGCACGGAUGCCAAACUUCAGCACCAAGUGGCUCUCAUGAUUUCAUGUUGAACAUGGUCUUGUUGCCAUGGAAGUUUCGACAACACACUUCUCCAAUUUUACGCCCCAUCGGUGGCUCUUGGCCCCCUCUGCUCUGCUCGCACCCCCCCAAUUAAGACCCCUCCACAAGCUCCCGAGAACAGAAAGAGACCCAUGUGGCUCCAGCAACAAACACGCAAUUGCUGAAAGGGUGGGAGCGCUACUUCGUAUCACCAAGCCAAACUGCGACUGAUACUGCUGACCGACCCCUUUGGCUUCACCUGCCGCCGCCGCUCCGAGCGGCCACAUCUCACCGUCACGAUGGCCUCGACCGUCCAGGACCGCGCCCUGGACCCCCCCGAGUUUCCGCGCUCCCUGCUCGGCUGGCCGGUCGGCCUCCACGUCCUCCACCCGGUCUAGUGAUAGCAUUACGCGAACUGUCGUGAAUGUGCCCCUGGGUCGCCGAGAAGGCGUAUGCGCGGCGGCGUAUCCGCCUGGAGAGCGCGCUUCUCCAUUGACUGCGGUCGAGACCGGCGGUGGGCAGGGUCGUCGUCGGCCUCAACGGCUGUGGAUCGGAAGUUGGCCGGAAAUAUCUUCACACUGGCUUCUUUCUCGCCUUCCACCUUGGCUUCGGUGCCUGAAGCGGCGGCGCCACUCGACCAUGGCCUCCUACCGGGCACGGACACAAGGAGGGCUAGGGCCGUGUGGGCGUGGAAGCCGAAGCCCAAAACAACAAGCUCCACGCAAGAUUGACAUCUGGGUAUAGUGCCAGAGGGACCCAGGGACCCGAUACGGGACGAAGACCCCUGCUUCGACAAAGAACACCAUUCCGAGCCGUGGAACCUGGGGAAUCUCGUGCUAAGGAACGCUGCACGCUUUUAGCAGGCGUCCGCCAGAAUGCGGGGAGCUCAUUGUGGCAUCUUGUACAUUGUCGCCGCAGCCAAACUACCCUCCACCAGGUGCCAUAACUGAUGAGCUGGCAACCGGUGCGAUUUUGUCCGUCUCCUCGGCGGCGGCGGCGCCCAUGGGAUACAGUGCACGAGAAUCAUCGUGACCGGAACAUUUUCGUCGUCCGUGGAUGCCCGUCAAAGGCCUACUUGUGAGAAGAGAACCUCACCGCUACGGCUCCUCUCCUCGUGUCGAACGUACUUGCUGCAUCACAUGGUCAAGCCAUUGUGGGUUGGUUUCAUGCUCUCGCGUCAGCUGUGGCCGCAAUGCCUUUCGGAUUGCCCGCCGGCGGUGCACAGGUGCUACCGUGUCCGAUAACGGCUGUAGUUGAUGAGAAUCGCAACGGGAACCAAGAUGGCUGGCUUGUCAGCCGACCAGAAAAAAAAACUUUGGCCCCAUCUGAGCUACCCACCACCAGGCAAUAACCUCCAUGAGCAACCUCCACCUGUGCGCCAGCGCCAGCAGCCGCGCCAUCGCGAUGGCUUGCAACCCUGGUACAGUACCGAUACUUGCAUCUCCAGCCUGUGCUCGAGGAGGGAGGGCGUUGCAGGAACACGCCCUACCACCCCCCCUCCCUCCAAAAGCUGCGUGCUUGCGAUGCGGCUCGUCUUUCGGCCAACCAAACAGCCACGGUGCUGCACGUCUUGUGCGAUGCCUCCUGAGGGCUGGAUGGAUGCCGCCUCAGCCCUAGCGCCAUGGGCAAGGGGCACGACGAUGAGCGUUCACGAUGUUGUCGUGGCGCAUGAAGACGCACGCGAGCCUGAUGUCGCGCCGUGCAACAACCUCGAGACAGGUGGAAAGCAACACAGUUCAGGCUGA